AUGGCUCCUAUCAAGCUGAUUACAGCUAUUUUGGCUGGUCUCUCCACUCUGGCAGUGGGAGCUCCAACCGCUACGAAUGCAAAGCUUCUGGGCAAGCGUGCAAGUAUCAAUGACGCCGCUACUGGCUAUGCAAGCCAGAAUGGAGGCACCACAGGUGGUGCUGGUGGUACAACCACCACGGUCUCCUCCUAUGCUGCCUUUACUGCAGCAGUCUCGGGCGAUUCCGCCAAAGUUGUUGUUGUUAGCGGCCCUAUCACGAAGGCUGCCGACCAGGUCCGUGUUGGAAGCAACACCAGUGUCAUUGGCAAGGACUCCAAUGCCGUUCUGACUGGCUUUGGGCUCUUGGUCAAGGAGGAAUCCAACGUUAUCAUCCGUAACUUGGGUGUGAAGAAGGUCCUUGCCGACAACGGCGAUGCCAUUGGCAUUCAAAAAUCCACCAAUGUUUGGGUGGACCACUGCGAUGUCUCGUCGGAUCAAGACCACGACAAGGACUACUAUGACGGUCUGAUUGAUAUCACCCACGCCGCCGACUAUGUCACUGUUUCCAAUACCUUCAUUCACGACCACUACAAGGCCUCGCUUAUUGGACACUCUGACAGCAACAGCGCCGAGGACACCGGCCACCUCCAUGUCACUCAGAACAACAACUACUGGUACAACAUCAACUCUCGCGCUCCUUCUUUCCGCUUUGGUACCGGUCACAUCUACAACAGCUACUUCUUGGAUGUCAGCGACGGAAUCAACACCCGCGACGGUGCUCAGCUUCUGGUUGAGUCCAACACCUUCAGUGGCAGCAAGAAGCCUCUCUACUCCACUGACGAUGGAUAUGCUGUGGCCAAGGACAACGACUUUGGCAGUGGAUCGAAUGCUGCUCCGACCGGCACCUUAACCUCCGUGCCCUACAGCUACACCCUUGUUGGCUCGGCCAAGGUACAGGCCGCUGUGGUUGGCACUGCUGGUCAGACCUUGACCUUCUAA